AUGCGCGGGAAGGAGAACCCAAAGAAAAAGCGGCUUGUCGAAAUCGCGAACACGACCCUGGAGGCGAUCGAGCGUGGCUCCUAUAUUGUCGAGGACGUUGGUCAGAUUUUCCUUGCGGAGGCCAUUUCACGAUGCGUGGAGCAUACGCGAUUGUACCCUGCGGAAGGCGUAUUGUCAGCAUGGGCAUCCUCACCGUGUUUGAGCUCGUCGUGUCUCGUUCGCGCUCAGCUACCCUCACAAUCUGUACCCUCGACUCCUAGUACGGUCAGCCGCGAAAAGGAGUGCAAGGUCCUCAUUAUGCAAACUUCGACUCUCGCGGGUGCGCGGUUACUCGCAACUACUACAGCGCGACUUGGGUCUAGCUCCGUCGAGACGGAACGCGAUGAUAAUAAGAUCGGGAUACUUAAUUUCGCAUCGGCGAAGCAUCCAGGUGGUGGGUUCCUGAAUGGUGCGGAGGCGCAAGAAGAAUCCGUCGCGCGAUCGUCUACACUGUAUCCUUCCUUGAUGUGUCCUGUUGCGGAACCGUUUUACACGUUACAUCGUCAUGAUCCACAAGCUGGCUACUAUUCGCAUUCGAUGAUCUAUUCUCCUAACGUUCUGCUAUUACGAGACGAUGAAGGUUCAUGGCAACGGCCGGUAGUCGCAGACAUCCUCACUUCACCAGCUGUCAACGCAGGCGUCGUAAAACAAUCCGUCAUGGGGCGCCUCUCACCCAAGUCCGAAACCGCAAAAAUUGAACGCGUGAUGCGGGAACGCGCCUCCCGCGCACUAUACGCCUUCGAACGUAACGGCGUCCGACAUCUCGUCCUCGGCGCCUGGGGCUGUGGUGUCUUCCAAAACGAUGUACGCACUAUCGCGACAAUCUGGGCUGACCUCCUCGGUCGCGAGGAAUCACGUUUCCGUAGGAGCUUCGACCGUGUAAUAUUUGCCGUUUUAGGCGAAAAAAUGUAUAAGGAAUUCGAAGCUGCGUUCACCGUGCGUGUCCGGGGAGAUGACCGAUUUAACUGUGUUGAGGUACCGAACCUCGCGAGUCGCUGAUAUUCAUGUACCGAUGGGAAAUUCGAUGUUCUUCACUUAAGAUAUUCUUUUCUCCUUUUUUUUCGGUACUCCGUACGUCUUCUUUCUUCCUGUUGUUCGAGGUCUCUUGUAUGUGCUUCUAUGGUUUAUCGACGCUGGACGUAAGGUACUAAAGUAGUGUAACCCAGACUUAUUUUUACGCCCUGUCUACGUACGCGGGAAUGCCUGUAUCCCCUCUGUUAUCUCUACUUUCCAGCUCUCAUCUAGUAUCACAUAUCAUAUUUACAUCCAAACAUGAAUCAUUGUCUAUCUCCUAUCCAUCAUAUCUCUCCAUUAUAAUCGC